AUGGCAACACUGCAUGAUUUGGUUUAUUGCCACAGAGAGGAGUUUAAUAAAAAUGUGGCUGUGACCUAUGACGAUGGUGAAGGAAAAAAGCAUGUAAUUACUUAUAGUGAACUCUAUCAAGUUUCAAGAAAGGUGACAAAUAUUUUACAAAGCUGUAAUGCAGAAAAUGAAAUUGUUGGGGUCUGUGUUCAAAUGACAGAAGACAUUCCAGCUAUUUUACUUGGUAUUCUUCCAGUACCAGCAGCGUUUUAUUUUUUUGAACCAAAUCCUAUUGAAUUAAUUUCUCAGGCACUUCAGAAACUUUCAGUUGGUAUCUUGAUUGUUGAUAUGCAUUAUCUAAAGAAUUUGGAAUGUCUACUACAAACACUAGGAGAAGAAAGAUCUUAUGAGUUGCUGGAAUUUAAACUCAUCAUUAUAAAACUUAACAGAAUAACAAGAAAAAAGAAUUUUUCUGACCUUGCCUACUGUAUCACAACAUCAGGUAGCACUGGUAUCCCAAAGAUGGUGCAAGUACCUCAUAAGUGUAUAAUUCCUAAUAUCACUUAUCUCCGGGAUCAGUAUGGUGUGACCUCAGAUGAUGUGCUAUUUUUAGCUGCACCUUUGACAUUUGAUCCAAGCAUCAUAGACAUCUUUUUGUCAUUGAGUUCCGGUGCUAGACUUCUUAUCACAUCUCAUCAUAUCAAAGUCCAACCAAUGAAACUGUCAAAAAUGCUACAUGACUAUUAUCAUGUAACAAUCUUGCAAGUAACUCCAAGCCUAAUAUUUAGUUUUGGAACCAAGUUGUUAAAAGAAACAAUUCUGAGUAGUAUGUCCAGUUUGAGAAUUCUGGCAAUGGGCGGAGAAAAAUUUCCACCUGUUGAAGUCAUAAAACUGUGGAGAGCUGAUGGAAAUGGGACAAAGUUUUAUAAUUUGUACGGCCUUACUGAGAUUUCUUGUUGGUCCAGCUGCUAUGAAGUUAUUGAAGAAGAUUUUAGCUCAAAUGCUGACAUUCCAAUUGGCAAAGCAAUGUAUGGUACAUCUUUAGUAGUUUUUGAUGAACAUGGCCAAACCGUAACCAAUGGUCAUGGAUGGUUGCAUACAGGUGGUCCUAAUCGUGUAUGUGAAAUCAAUGAGAACACCACUUGUAAUAAUCUGUACAACACGGGUGACUGGGUGAAAGUGGAUGAAUUGGGAAAAAUAUUUUAUAUACAACGGAAAGAUGAGCAAAUCAAAAGAGCUGGAAAACGAUUAAAUCUCCAAGAAAUUGAUUCUAUUAUGUUAAAAGAACUGCCAUUUAUUGACAACUGCAAGGCGGCCUUUUCAGAUGGAAGACUGAUAUUACUGUACAAGUUAUCAGAAGAUGAAAAGUUAAUAAAUAAAACCGUAAUAGAAGAAAAAAUGAAGCAAACGUUGAAGAAAUUCCUUCCUUCUUAUUAUCAACCAGAUUAUCUAGUCAAAGUAGAUUUCUUUCCACUGAAUCAUCAUGGCAAGCUAAACGUUUUACCACUCAUUGAAAUGCUAAAAGAAAACAUAGUAAUGCACAAUUCAGUAGAAGAAGUUUUCUUGGAGUCUUGGAAGGUUUCAUUAAAUUUGUCUGAGGAUACUUUCAUUGAACCAUCUGCUAAUUUUGUAGCAGGAGGUGGUGAUUCUCUCAUGGCUGAAUUCAGUUGUCUUCUCUAA